AUGAAGUUGAAGCGGAGAAGGGCACUUGAAGUGCCUUCAAAGGUUAAAUCCUUCAUCAACCAAGUUACUGCUACACCACUUGAGAAUAUCGAAGAACCACUGAAAAAUUUUUCUUGGGAGUUUGAUAAGGGAGAUUUCCAUCAUUGGGUAGACUUGUUUAAUCAUUUUGACACCUUUUUUGAGAAAUACAUCAAACCAAGGAAGGAUUUGCAGCUUGAGGACAAUUUUUUGGAAUCGGAUCCACCCUUCCCAAGGGAUGCUGUUCUGCAGAUUCUCCGUGUCAUUCGAGUAAUAUUGGAGAAUUGCACAAAUAAGCAUUUCUACAGCUCUUAUGAGCAUCACUUGUCAUCUCUGCUUGCUUCCACUGAUGCAGAUGUCGUGGAGGCAUGCCUGCAGACUUUGGCAGCCUUUUUGAAGAAAUCCAUCGGGAAAUACAUUAUUAGAGAUGUUUCUCUGAAUUCAAGAUUAUUUUCUUUUGCCCAAGGUUGGGGGGGUAAAGAAGAAGGUCUUGGAUUGGUUUCCUGUGCUCUACAGAAUGUAGCUGACCCAAUUGCUUAUGAGCUGGGUAGCACUCUGCAUUUUGAAUUUUAUGCUAUGAACAUAUCUUCUAAUGAGCCAACUGCUUCAGAACAGCCAACUCAGGGUUUACAAACUAUACAUAUGCCUGACGUGAAUGCCAGAGAAGAGUCUGAUCUUGAACUUCUGAAUAAGUUAAUUGUUGAAUAUAGAGUUCCACAUAAUUUGAGAUUUUCUCUUUUGACAAGAUUGCGAUUUGCCAAGGCUUUUGGCUCCCUAGAGACAAGGCAGCAGUAUACUUGUAUACGGCUGUAUGCUUUUGUAGUUCUUGUUCAAGCAUGUAGUGAUACUGAGGACCUAGUUUCCUUUUUCAACGCUGAGCCGGAGUUCAUCAAUGAGUUGGUUACUAUGUUAAGCAUUGAAGAUGCGGUUCCUGAAAAAAUUCGAAUUUUAUGUCUUCUUUCUUUGGUUGCCCUUUGUCAAGAUAGGUCUCGUCAGCCUACUGUGUUGACUGCUGUAACUUCUGGGGGACACCGUGGUAUUCUAUCUAGCCUCAUGCAGAAAGCAAUUGGCUCGGUUGUUAGUGAUUCAUCUAAGUGGUCUGUUGUUUUUGCUGAGGCUCUGUUAUCUCUUGUUACUGUCUUAGUGUCUUCAUCAUCAGGAUGCUCAGCUAUGCGUGAGGCUGGAUUUAUCCCCACCCUCCUGCCUCUAUUGAAAGAUACAGAUCCCCAGCACUUGCAUUUGGUUAGUACAGCUGUACAUGUUCUGGAAGCUUUUAUGGAUUACAGCAAUCCAGCUGCUGUUCUUUUCCGUGAUUUGGGUGGUUUGGAUGAUACAAUAUCACGUUUAAUGGUAGAAGUAUCUCAUGUUGAAAAUGGUUCGAAGCCGCAGACUACCUCUGGUGAACAUUCAGAAUGUGGUGGUUCUCAAGUAAUUUCAGAUGCAUCUUCUACCGGGCUUGAUAGUCUGCAGCCUCCGCAUUCGGGAGCUUUGGUUUCGUAUCAUCGGCGAUUAUUGAUGAAAGCCCUACUGCGUGCUAUAUCUUUAGGAACUUAUGCUCCUGGGACAACAGCUCGAAUGUAUGGUACAGAAGAAAGCUUGUUGCCACAUUGCUUGUGUAUAAUAUUUAAAAGGGCAAAAGAUUUUGGUGGGGGUGUAUUUUCACUUGCAGCAACUGUUAUGAGUGACUUAAUCCACAAAGAUCCUACCUGCUUCUCUGUCUUAGAAGCAGCAGGUCUUCCUUCUGCCUUUAUGGAUGCUGUUAUGGAUGGUGUUCUUUGUUCCGCAGAAGCUAUCACUUGCAUACCUCAGUGUCUUGAUGCCUUGUGUUUGAACAACAACGGUCUUCAGGCUGUGAAAGAACGCAAUGCAUUGAGGUGCUUUGUAAAAGUUUUUACGUCUAAAACGUACCUGCGAGCCCUUACUGCCGAUACAUCAGGUUCCUUGUCCAGCGGUUUGGAUGAACUAAUGCGCCAUGCUGCAUCAUUGCGUGGGUCAGGAGUUGACAUGCUGAUUGAGAUACUUACUAAUAUUGCAAAAAUUGGAUCUGGACUCGAAUCGGCUUCACCGUCCUCAGAUCCUCCUAGCUCCUCUCAGCCUGUUCUUAUGGAAACUGAAUCUGAGAAUAGAGAUGUGAUCUUGAUUGAUGAUAAAGAAUCAUCAAGGCAUGGAACUGAUGAGCAAUUAAUGGACAUUGUCCCUGAUACGCGAUCAUUGAAUGUUGAAUCUUCUUUGCCUGAUUAUAUAAGCAAUGUUGCUCGUCUUCUUGAAACAGUACUUCAAAAUUCUGAUACUUGCCGGAUUUUUGUUGAGAAAAAAGGAAUUGAGUGUGUCCUGCAGUUAUUCUCAUUGCCUGUUCUGCCCCUCUCAGUUUCUCUUGGUCAAAGCAUAGCUGUUGCAUUCAAGAAUUUCUCACCUCAGCACUCGACUUCUCUUGCUCGUGCAGUAUGCACAUUUCUGAGAGAACAUUUGAGGUCCGCAGAGGAACUUUUGACCCCAAUUAUGGGACGCCAGCUUACUGAGAUUGAGUUUUCCCAUAGAGUAAAGAUCUUGAGGUGCCUCACUACAUUGGAAGGGAUCCUGUCUCUUUCUAUUUCUUUACUAAAAGGCACCACUACAUUGGUCUCUGAACUGGGUUCUGCUGAUGCGGAUGUCUUGAAGGAACUUGGGAAGACUUACAGGGAAAUUCAGUGGCAAGUAUCUUUAUGUUGUGAGUUGAAGGUGGUGGAGAAGUCAAGUGGUGAAGUGGAGCCCGAUAAUACAGAUGCAGGUACAUCGAAUGUGGCUGGAAGGGAUAGUGAUGAUGACUCUAAUAUUCCAUCCAUUAGAUAUAUGAAUCCUCUAUCUAUCCGAAAUAGUUCCCACUCACAAUGGGGAGUUGAGCGUGACUUCAUAUCUGUGGUGCGUUCAAGUGAAGGUUUCAGUCGACGUAGCCGACAUAGUUUGGCUCGUCUUCAUGGUGGCAGAGCGGCUGGAAGGCACCUGGAAGCUUUACAAAUUGAUACUGAGUCCGGAACAUCUAGUGCAAAGGCUCCUUCCCACGGGAUGAAGAAGAGAAGUCCUGAAAUGGUGGCUGUAGAUAUUCUGAAUAAGCUUGCUUUGACCAUGUGUUCUUUCUUCACAGCACUGGUGAAAGGUUUUACGUCACCGACUCGUCGAAGAACUGAAACUGGGCCCUUAAGUUCUGCUUCGAAGACAAUUGGGACUGCCCUUGCAAAAGUUUUUCUAGACUCUCUGGGUUUCUCAGGGUACACCAGUUCCACUGGAGUCGAUGUGUCACUGUCGGUCAAAUGUCGAUAUCUUGGGAAGGUUGUGGAUGAUAUGGUGGCCCUUACAUUUGAUAGCAGGAGGCACACAUGUUAUGCUUCUAUGAUCAACAAAUUUUAUGUGCACGGGACCUUCAAGGAGCUUCUUACAACUUUUGAGGCAACAAGUCAGUUGUUGUGGACUGUUCCCUAUGCUAUUUCUGCGCCAGGUUCUGAUCACGAGAAAAGUGGCGAAGGGAGCAAGCUGUCUCACAGUUCGUGGCUGCUCGAUACAUUGCAAAGUCAUUGUCGUGAGCUAGAGUAUUUUGUGAAUUCUGGGAUAUUAUUGUCUUCAACCUCAGCAUCUCAGGCUCAGCUACUUGUUCAGCCUGUUGCAGUCGGUUUAUCCAUUGGGCUGUUCCCCGUUCCUAGGGACCCCGAAGCAUUGGUCCGUAUGCUACAGUCUCAAGUUUUAGAUGUGAUACUUCCUGUCUGGAACCAUCCGAUGUUCCCAAACUGUAGCCCUGGUUUUAUCACUUCCAUCGUUUCACUACUUACUCAUGUGUACAAUGGCGUAAUUGAUAUAAAAACAAGUCGCAAUGGACUAUCUGGAGCAGCUCACCAACGCUUCAUGCCACCGCCUCCUGAUGAAGCUACGGUUGCUACUAUUGUCGAGAUGGGCUUUUCAAGAGCGAGAGCUGAGGAGGCACUGAGACGAGUGGAAACAAACAGCGUUGAGAUGGCAAUGGAGUGGCUGUUCAGUCAUGCUGAAGAUCCUGUUCAAGAGGAUGACGAGCUAGCUCGUGCACUGGCUUUAUCUCUGGGAAAUUCUACAGAAUCACCUAAAGUCGAUGGUGCUGAUAAGUCUGCCGAUGUCGUGAACGAAGAGGGAAAUUCGAAUCCCCCUCUGGCUGAUAAUGUUCUUGCUGUUGGGACGAAAUUAUUUGAGGGUAGUGAUGCCUUGGCCUUUCCACUUACAGAUCUGCUUGUAACUCUUUGCAGCAGGAACAAAGGGGAGGAGUGCCCCAAAGUGAUUUCUUAUCUUCUUCAGCAGCUAAAGCUUUGCCUACUUGACUUCUCUACUGACAGCUGUGCGCUGGGUAGAAUCUCCCAUACUCUAGCAUUACUUCUUGCAGAAGAUGGUGUCACUCGGGAAAUUGCUGCAGAAAAUGGUAUUGCGGUGGUGGUAAUCGAUAUCUUGAUGAAUUUUAUGUCCAAGACUGAGGCUUCAACAGAGCUCCUUGUGCCUAAAUGCAUCAGCGCAUUACUUCUUAUCUUGGAUGAUUUGGUACAAUCUAGGCCCAGGAUUUCUGGUGAUAAUGGUGAGGGAGUAUUACCCGGAGCGUUAUCUGGUGCAUUGGGAAAUCAAGCAUCAUCUGAAGCAAUUGAGGUCAAAUCAGUUCCAUCUGAUGUGUGCAAGGAUAAUGACUCUGCCAAGGAUGGUUCUGCCUUGGAAAAAGUUUUUGGCAAACCAACUGGUUAUUUGUCGAUGGAGGAGAGCCAUAAGGUACUUGUAAUUGUUUGUAACUUGAUAAAAAGUCACGUACCUUCAAUCAUUAUGCAGGCUGCUCUUCAGUUGUGUGCUCGCUUGACAAAAUCACACGCUCUGGCUCUGCAAUUCCUUGAAAAUGGUGGCUUGGUUGCCCUUUUUGGCCUUCCAACGAGUUGCUUCUUUCCUGGGUAUGACACUUUAGCAUCUGCUAUUGUUCGGCAUCUUCUUGAAGAUCCUCAUACAUUGCAAUCAGCUAUGGAAGUUGAGAUACGACAAACACUGAGUGGAAGUAGGUACAAUGGAAGAAUAUCGGCGAAAACAUUUCUAACAUCAAUGGCACCAGUUAUAUCCAGAGAUCCAGGGGUCUUUAUGAAAGCUGGAGCUGCUGUGUGUCAGGUGGAGUCUGUAGGAGGAAGGACCAUGGUGGUGCUGUCUAAAGAUAAAGACAAAGAGAAAGAGAAGUUAAAAAGCUCUGAGACUGGAGUGUCCACUAAUGAAUGUGUACGAAUAACUGAACAGAAGACUCCUGACGGGUCUAAUAAGUACUUCAAAGGCUACAAAAAGGUUUCAGCAAACCUCACCCAAGUAAUUGAUUAUCUUCUUGAAAUUGUGUCAACUUACCCUUCGUAUAAUGCGGAUGAUGAUUGCGGAGGCCAUCCAAGUGCCAUGGAGGUAGAUGAACCAACCUUGAAAAUGAAGGGUAAAUCAAAGGUUGAUGAAACUGUAAAAACAGGAUCUGACAGUUUCUCUGAGAAAGCUGCAGCCCUAGCUAAGGUGACAUUUGUUCUCAAGUUAUUGAGUGAUAUUCUCCUCAUGUAUGUUCAAGUCGUUGGUGUAAUCUUGAGACGGGACCUGGAAAUGUGUCAACAGCGUGGGUCCAAUAAUUUUGAAAGUCCUGGACAGGGUGGCGUAGUCCACCAUUUGUUACAUUGUCUUCUUCCCCUGUCAAUGGAUAAAUCUGCUGGCCCUGAUGAGUGGAGAGACAAGCUUGCUGAAAAAGCUUCAUGGUUUCUGGUUGUAUUGGCUGGUCGUUCCAGUGAAGGAAGGAGAAGGGUGGUCAAUGAACUUGUGAAAGCUUUAUCGCAAUUUAUAAAUGUUCAGAAUAACUCUUCUAGCGGCGGUUUAUUACCUGAUAAGAAAGUUCUUGCAUAUGUUGAUCUGGUAUAUUCUAUUUUAUCGAAGAAUUCUUCGUCCGGAAACCUACCGGGUUCUGUGUGUUCACCUGAUAUUGCUAAAAGCAUGAUUGAUGGAGGAGUUGUCCAUUGCCUAUCCAGCAUUCUUCAGGUAGUUGAUUUGGACCAUCCUGAAGCACCAAAGGUUGUGAACCUCAUACUCAAGUCAUUGGAAAGCCUUACUAGGGCGGCCAAUGCUAGUGAACAACUUCUCAAAGCAAAUACGUUGAAUAAGAAAAAGGUGAACGAUCUAAGUGGAAGUUCUGCAACCCAGCUUGUAGGUUCUGGGGAUUCUCAACUACAAUCUGCUGAAAAUAGAAGCUCACAAGAUGGACUCAUGAGUAAUGGACGUUCAGAAUCACAACCUGCUGGUAUCUCUUGGGAAAAUGGAUCGAAUACUAGUGCAAAUCCAAACCAGCCCCAUGGUCAAGAGAUGAGGAUCGAGGAGCAUACCACUAAUGAUCCACACGUAGAUCUUGGGAUGGAUUAUAUGCAAGAUGAUAUGGAAGAAAGUGGUGCCUUGCCCAACACUGAACAAAUCGAAAUUGCUUUUCAUGUGCAGAACAACGUAGAUGAUGAUAUGAAUGAGGAAGAGGAUGGCAUGGGUGAUGAUGGUGAGGAUGAGGAUGAUGGUGAGGAUGAGGAUGAUGCUAUAGGGGAAGGCACUGGUUUAAUGUCAUUGGCUGAUACUGACAUUGAGGACCACGAUGAUGCUGGGUUGGGUGAUGAAUACAAUGAUGAUAUGGUUGAUGAAGAGGAUGACGACUUCCAUGAAAAUAAUGUUAUUGAGGUGAGGUGGAGAGAGGCUCUUGAUGGUUUAGACCAUUUGCAGGUCCUUGGACAACCUGGAGCAGGGGGUUUGAUUGAUGUCUCUGCAGAAGCUUUUGAAGGAGUGAAUGUCGACGACUUCUUUGGAAUCCGUAGAACUUUUGGCUUUGAGCGCCGUCGUCAAACUAACAGAACUUCCUACGAGCGGUCUGUUGCCGAUGGAAAUGGUCUUCGGCAUCCUCUCCUUUCAAGGCCAUCGAAUUCUGUUGAUAUGGGUUUGACUUCUGCUGGGAACUCCCGCGAUUCAGAAGGCCUUUCUGCCGGUAACCUUGAUCUCGCUCAGUUUUACAUGUUUGAUGCUCCUGUUCUUCCAUAUGAUAGUGCAACCAAUCUAUUUGGUGAUCGGCUUGGUGGUUCUGGCCCGCGACAACUAGCUGAUUUUUCUGUUGGUUUAGAGUCAUUGCGUGGAUCGGGUCGAAGAGGGCGGCCAGGUGAUGGCCGGUGGUCUGAUGAUGGCCAGCCCCAAGGUGAUGGUCAAGCUGCUGCAAUUGCUCAGGCUAUUGAAGAUCAAUUUAUUUCUCAGUUGGGCAAUAAUAAUACUCCUGAAAGACUUGAACAGAACGCAGCCUUACCGGAAAGCCAGGAGAGAGCUCCUAUUUCUGCCACUGAUAUUCAGCAGGUAUUGGUUGUUGAUAGCACUGAAGCUCUACUAAUUGAUGAUCACCAUAUUAACAGUGUUGACGAAGGUGCUCAACCGGAUGAACUCCAACUGUCUCAGGAAGUCAAUCGAGAGGUCUUGUCAGGAAGGGAACGCCAACAAGAAGCGCAAGUUAUUCGUAGUGACGUUGCUGAUGAUAGGAUGGAAACAGGGGUUGUGCAUAAUGUUGGGGGACAGGAUCUGGAGACAUAUUUAGGUUCUGUUGCUCCGGAUAGUGUGCUCUCUGACCGAGGAUCGGGAUUUCCGCCUACUUCUCAUGGUUUAUCAGACUCUGGAACAGAUAUUGCAGGUUCUGGUGAUUUUCAUGCUUCAAUUCCAGCAAGUGGUGAUGUUUACAUGAAUGGCACUCAAGUGGAAGGGGACCAGGCUGGCACACGAUUACUUCUGUCUGAAAUUAACCUUGAGGAGCCAUCGCAGCUGCUAAAUAAUGCUGUUGUUGAAGAUGCAGACCAGACUGAGGAAAGUAAUUUGAAUAAUGAGGCUUCUAAUAAUGCCAGUGGUAUAGAUCCAACAUUUUUGGAGGCACUCCCUGAAGAUCUUCGUGCUGAGGUUCUUGCUUCACAGCAAGCUCGGUCGGCUCCACCUUCUACCUAUGCACCUCCUGGAGUUGAAGAAGACAUUGAUCCUGAAUUUUUGGCUGCUCUGCCUCCUGAUAUUCAAGCUGAAGUUCUUGCUCAACAGCGAGCACAAAGGAUUGCUCAGCAAUCUGAAGGACAACCUGUUGACAUGGACAAUGCUUCUAUUAUUGCUACUUUCCCUGCUGAUCUGCGUGAAGAGGUGCUAUUAACGUCUUCAGAGGCACUAUUAUCCGCACUGCCAUCUCCGUUACUUGCCGAAGCACAAAUGCUCCGAGACAGAGCAAUGAGCCAUUAUCAUGCCCGCAGCUUGUUUGGAGGUAACCAGAGACUAAACAGAGCGAAUAGAUUGGGUUUUGACAGGCAAACGGCUAUGGAUAGGGGUGUUGGAGUCUCUAUUGGACGGAGAGCUGCUUAUGUUGCAGAGAAUUUGAAGUUGAAUGAAAUUGAUGGCGAACCACUUCUUGAUGCUAAUGGGUUGAAAGCGUUAAUCCGUUUGUUACGACUGGCGCAGCCUCUGGGGAAAGGUCUACUGCAGAGACUUCUUUUGAACUUGUGCUCACACAGUGAUACAAGAGCAGUUCUUGUUCGGCUUCUGCUUGAUAUGAUCAAGCCUGAGACUUCGAGCGUAGUUGGUGGAGUGACUUCAGUUAAUACACAAAGACUUUAUGGAUGCCAGUCUGAUGUUGUUUAUGGCCGAUCUCAAUUAUGUGAUGGUGUUCCACCAUUAGUUUUACGCCGAGUGCUUGAGAACCUGACCUAUCUGGCUACAAAUCACUCUGGUGUUUCCAGCCUCUUGUUCCACUUUGAUAGCUUAACUAUUCCUGAACUUUCAUCAAUAAACCAUGGAGGGGACAGUAAUGGAAAAGGUAAGGACAUCAUCGGAGGGUUUUCUGAAAACUCACAGAAAGGAGACAUCCCUUUGAUAUUACUUCUUAGGCUUUUAAGCGAACCACUUUUCCUACGGAGCAUGGGGCAUCUUGAGCAGGUCAUGGGUCUGCUCCAAGUUGUAAUAUGUGCUGCAGCUUCCAAGAUAGAUGCUUUGUCAAAUGCUGAAGAAACUGCGCCUCCAACUGAAAACCCUUCUGUAGAUGAAACUGCCAGCAAUAUCAGGACAGAUACUAAUGCAUUAGGAGCAGAAUCUCAACUAGACCAGAAUGCCAGUGCUUUGAACGCCAAAUCGGAUGAUCGGAGAACAACUAGAACUUAUGAUGUCUUCUUGCUGAUACCGCAAUCAGAUUUGCAUAAUCUUUGUAGCCUUCUUGGGCAUGAAGGGCUUUCUGACAAAGUUUACACCCUGGCUGGUGAUGUGCUGAUGAAGUUGGCUUCAGUGGCUUCUGUUCAUCGCCGAUUUUUCAUUUUGGAACUUUCGGAGUCAGCCGAAAGGCUGAGCACGUCAGCCGUCAAUGAACUCGUCAAACUAAGGAACACACAAAUGCUGGGAUUGUGCUCUGGAUCAAUGGCUGGGGCCGCCAUUCUUCGCGUUCUACAGAUUCUCAGCUCGCUCAUUUUCAUUGGCACCGACAAUGAUAAGGACAGAGUGGAUGGAGAAGAGCAGGAAGAGCAAGUGACAAUGUGCAAGUUAAAUGCUGCACUUGAGCCCCUGUGGAAAGAACUGAGUGAUUGCAUUAGUACAAUGGAGACCGAGUUGAGCCAGAGAUCCGACUCUUCCACUGUCUCAAGCAAUAGCAUUGGGGAACAGAUUCAGGGGUCUUCACCAGCAACUUCCCCUUUACCCACUGGGACUCAGAGGCUCCUGCCUUUUAUCGAGGGCUUCUUCGUUCUUUGUGAGAAGUUGCAGGCCAAUAAUUCCACUUUGCAGCAAGAUCUUAACGUGACAGCAUUAGAAGUGAAAGAGUCUGCUGGGAGUUCAGGCCAGUUUACCAAAUCCAUGGAUCCUUACAAGAAAACUGAUGGGUCCAUCACGUUUGUUAGGUUUGCUGAGAAGCACCGUCGCCUUCUUAAUGCCUUUGUAAGGCAGAAUCCCGGCUUAUUGGAGAAGUCACUCUCAAUGAUGCUGAAAGCUCCUCGGCUAAUUGAUUUUGACAACAAGAGGUCUUAUUUCCGUUCCAGGAUCCGUCAGCAGCAUGACCAACAUUUGUCGGGCCCACUGCGUAUUAGUGUUAGGCGAGCGUACAUUUUGGAGGACUCAUACAACCAGCUUCGCAUGCGGUCAACUCAGGACCUUAAGGGACGGUUGAAUGUGCAUUUCCAAGGUGAAGAGGGUAUUGAUGCCGGUGGCUUGACUAGGGAGUGGUAUCAGUUGCUGUCGAGGGUCAUAUUUGACAAAGGAGCUUUGCUUUUCACUACUGUUGGAAACAAUGCGACUUUCCAACCAAAUCCUAAUUCAGUAUAUCAAACUGAGCAUCUCUCGUAUUUCAAAUUCAUAGGCCGCGUGGUCGCUAAGGCACUUUUUGAUGGACAACUGCUUGAUGUAUAUUUUACUCGCUCCUUCUACAAGCAUAUCCUUGGAGUAAAGGUGACUUAUCAUGAUAUAGAGGCUGUUGAUCCAGAUUACUAUAAAAAUCUUAAAUGGAUGUUGGAGAACGAUGUGAGUGACAUACCUGAUCUGACAUUUAGCAUGGAUGCAGAUGAAGAAAAGCACAUCCUUUAUGAGAAAACAGAGGUUACUGACUAUGAGCUCAAACCGGGUGGAAGAAAUAUAAGAGUGAUGGAAGAAACAAAGCAUGAAUACGUAGAUCUUGUUGCUGAUCACAUUUUGACUAAUGCUAUCCGUCCUCAAAUAAAUGCAUUCCUUGAAGGUUUCAAUGAAUUAGUACCACGGGAACUUAUAUCUAUCUUCAACGAUAAAGAGCUCGAACUAUUGAUUAGUGGUCUUCCAGAAAUUGAUUUGGCUGAUCUGAAGGCCAAUACCGAGUAUACUGGCUAUACCCCAGCAUCUAGUGUUGUUCAGUGGUUUUGGGAGGUUGUCGAAGCAUUCAACAAGGAAGAUAUGGCAAGAUUUUUGCAGUUUGUAACAGGAACCUCAAAGGUCCCUCUAGAAGGUUUUAAGGCACUGCAAGGCAUAUCUGGUCCCCAGAAGUUUCAAAUUCACAAAGCAUAUGGAGCUCCUGAGAGACUUCCAUCAGCUCACACAUGCUUUAACCAACUGGACCUUCCCGAGUAUUCUUCCAAGGAGCAGCUUCAAGGACGUUUGUUCCUAGCGAUCCACGAAGCUAGUGAAGGAUUUGGCUUUGGUUAA